AUGCCAGCCAACCAUGCUCUUGAACUGACAAAUGGUUCCUGUGAUGAUGAUGGACAUCCAUCAAGCACUGGUAAAGAAAUUUCCAUGGACCAGAAGCUUAUGGAGUUGCAUUGCUCAUAUUGUUACUGCUGUUAUCGGCUCCGGAGUUCUGUCCUUGGCUUGGAGUACAGCACAGCUAGGAUGGAUAGCAGGGACAUUGUCCUUGCUCUGCUUUGCGAUCGUCACCUAGAAAAUGGGAGGUUUAAGGGGAGCAUUACUGGAGCUGCCACUACUGCCAAAAAGGUAUGGAUAGCCUUUGAACCACUAGGGGACAUUGCUUUUGCCUAUCCAUACUCGAUAAUUCUGCUUGACAUACAGGAUACUUUGAAGUCACCUCCACCAGAGAACAAGGCCAUCAAGAAGGUCUCAAUGAUUGCAGUCAUUAUCACAACUUUCUUUUACCUCUGUUGUGGAUGGUUCGGAUAUGCAGCCUUCGGAAACGAUACACCUAGAAAUCUCUUGACAGGGUUUGGGUUCUUAGAGCCCUUUUGGCUCAUUGUUAUCGCAAAUAUUUGCGCUGUUCUUAAUUUGGUGGGAGGAUAUCAGGUAUUUAGUCAGCCUGUAUUUGCAUUUGUGGAAAGAUGGUUCGUAGCUGGCUUAACUGGUUCAAUUGAUGGACUUGGAACACCCUUGGAAUCUCAAUGGUUCGCAUUGACUUUGCACCAUGGUGCUACUGAAAUUCUUACUGUCUUAGAAGGCAGACUGCUUGUUGGCUUUGCGACUUCAAAUGCGGAAAACAGGCUCAUUACUAAAGUCCCUGAAAAGGAGAAUGUUGGUCAUGGAACUGCUGCCUCAAUUUCUUCCUUAAGCAGCCAGAAUCCUGGUGUUGUCAUUGUUUCUAAUGCUUUAUUUGGAUCUACUCCAAGCAUUCCUAAUGAUAUUCUAGACAAGGCUUCCCAGGUGGACAAGUCUAGUUGA